CGAGAUUUCUUGGUUUCUCAUCUUUUGGAAAAUUUUAUCGAGAUGCCCAUCUAUUCCUAUUGCAAGAAUUGUAAUUUCGGGUUCUGCAAGGUAUUUCCCGGAGACUCUUCUCGUUGCAUCGAAUACAUUCAACUAAGCUGCUCCAAAUGCAAUAUUAUAAGCUUUUCCCCUGAGGAGCUUUGCAAUAUUGCUAUUCAACAUUGA